AGCCCUCUCCAGAGCUGCUUCGGGAUUGGUCGGCUCGUGUUCCUCUCCCCUCCCUUCCCGAGGCUUCCGCUUCCUGUUCUGACGGACGCGCCGGCAGUAACAAUGAUCGGGGACAUCCUGCUGUUUGGGACGCUGUUGAUGAACGCCGGGGCGGUGCUCAACUUUAAGCUGAAAAAGAAGGACACGCAAGGCUUUGGGGAGGAGUCGAGGGAGCCCAGCACAGGUGACAACAUCCGGGAGUUCUUGCUGAGCCUCAGAUAUUUUCGAAUCUUCAUUGCCCUAUGGAAUGUCUUCAUGAUGUUCUGCAUGAUCGUGCUCUUUGGCUCCUGAGCUCCAGAUACAGAACCGGAAACACACCUUCUCAGAGUGUCUCUUCCUCCAUUCCUGACGACUUCAAGAAUGUUUCUGACUAGAAAACCGGUGACCUUCCCAGAAAGUCCAAGAUUGUGGUGGGUGGAAAAAAAUGUUCGCCAAGAUGAACACAGUUUCCCAGCCACGUCACUGUUUUCCUUUCAAAGAUAUUUUCACUUUGAUGUCUGCCUUGAAAUGCUGUCUACUUAAAAGAGUUUGAAGAGUGUUUAUGUGAGGGGCUGUGGUAUCUAGAUUGUUUAAUCAGAUCAGAAUCCCUCUUCUACCAGACUUUCACUGGAAACCCAUUUCUGGGUAUUUCUUGGUUUAUUUUUAAUAACCAUCCUUUUUUGGUUCAAAUUAUACAGAUUUUUAAAAAUCUUUUGUAUCCAGGGAUCUGAAGCAGAAAGGUUGGCUUUUAAGUUUAAUGCAGCCUCUUAUUGGACUGCAUUUGUGAGGAAUGAACAAGUUCAUUGUUGCUGGGUCUGUGUCCAAAUUCCUUCCCCAUCCCAUUGGGCUCUGCUUGGCCACUCCAUGCUGCUGAGGUUGUCCCAAGGAUUUGAAGGGUGAAGUGUUAUGGGUUCCUGUGGAAGAGAGAUGCAGAGCAGUUGGCAGGGUGGAUGGGGGUAUUAUGAGAAACUUUGCCUUGCCUUGAAGCCCUCUAGUAAAGUAACUUUUGGGGCCAUUAAUUGUAUAGUUUUUAGAAUGAGAGUGAUUUAUGUGGUGAUAUUGGGACCCAGUUCUGAAAGCUUGGGUUUUGGGGUCUGCUUUUCAAGUGGAUGAUUUCAAGGUUGAAAAACAAGCCUCAUUGGAGGAAAUACAGCAUUUUGCAUAGAAGCUUCUUUAAAAGGGAGUCCUGGUUUAAUCGCCAACAUGACACUUGGGUGGUCAGUGCCUAGAUCCUACAGGUGUUUGAUUUGUUUGUUGUGGUUUUUGAAAUCCUAACUUGCAGGUAACCUGGUGGGAGGAAAAAAUAAAUAUGCAGGCUCUUAGAACUAAAGAGCAUUGAAAAUAAAGCUCAUUUCUAAAAAGGACCUUUUGUUUAUACAUUUUUUAACCAAGAAGUCCUUUGUAAAUUUUUUUUAUUUUUGAUACUUUCAUUGGGUUUUUUUUAAAUUAUUGAUUAUAGUUGAUUUAAAAUGUUGUGUUAAUUUCUACUGUAGAAGUUGACUUUCAAUUUGAAUUGUUUCAAAUUACACUGUGGGAAACACCUAGGAUUCAUUUAUUGUGGAGGCUGUCAAAAAGUCAGAAAAGAGGCAAUGUUAGAUACUCCUUUUCAGUUUUUGUUCAAUAAAUGUUGGGCAGGAAUUGGGCAAAUACGAUUUUGACGGGCUGCACCUGGAAGAAUCGAACGAGUUAGUGAUAAUGGUGGGAUUUUGCUAGGCCAGGGUCAUGUCCACUUGUCCUGCUGCUCAGCUAAUUCAUUCUACUUCAUAGCUUCUGUAAUUUAGUCCCUUGUCAAAUCUGGGCCGAGUAUCACCCCGUGGUUUGUAAGUAGCAGGGAACAGGGCUGCUGAAUCAAGCUUCGCGCAGGCCGGUGUUCUUGUCAGCAGGAACGGAUGUGCCAAUAUCUUGGCUGGUCAGUCCUCAAGCCAUAUGAAAGAUGUGAGGAAACCUCCCUGCCUUAUUCAGACCGGCGCUGAGGUUUCAAUGAGGUGAAGCAUUUGUGUGUCGUGGGGAUGAAUCGAGCUCGGAGAAGAGAAUGCUGUCAUUGAGAUUUUGUUUCAAUAGUUGUAUUUUUCACCGGAGAACUAUUUUCUCAUUGUUCAGUUCUUAUAAGCAGUGGCGCUUUGGGGGGUGCACAUCAAAGGCUGUUGUACAUUUUUAAGUGGCAACUCAUGGGUGUGUAUCUUUAGGAGGCUUUUCAAGAACCCACACUGGCACCAAAGGUUACUCAAGUUUGAAUUUUGAGUGCAUAGGGUCCCACAGCUUGUAAGUGCUCAUGUUCUGGGUCAGUUAGAUGUGGGUUCAAAUCCCAUCUCUGCUUCUUGCUGAUGGGGCCUUGGCUGGUUAUUUCUCCUCUCUAAGCCUCAGUUUCCACAUCUUUAAAAUGGGCCUGAAAGUCAACCCUACUGGUGUUAUUAAAAGGUUCAGUGAACUUGAAGGUGAGCCACGUGUUUGGGUCGUACCCAGUAAGCACUCAGUACCAAUGGGUGUCCUCGCUGCCCAAAUUUUCUCCCUUCUUGCCUAUUCAUUCAAGCAGUCCACACACAGACUGUUAAAGGAGCAAUCACAUCAUUUAAAAAAAUUGGAAACAAUUUCCAGCAUGGAAAACCUUUUCCUGUCUUCCCAUUCCUUUUCUAGCAUUUUUCUUAUACAUAUUGAUAUAGUCGACAUAGUUCCAACAGUGGUAAGGCAGUUUGGGUUCUGCUGUUUUCUUUUUUUUUUUUAAGUUAAAAUAUAGUUGAUUUACAGUGUUUCAGGUGUACAGCAAAGUGAUUGUUAUACAUACACAUAUAUAUAUAUAUAUAUAUUCUUUUUCCUAUUCUUUUCCAUUAUAGGUUAUUACAAGGUGUUGAAUGUAGUUCCCUGUGCUAUACAGUAGAUCCUUGUUGUUUAUCUAUUUUAUGUAUAGUAGUGUGUAUCUGUUAAUCCCAAACUCCUAAUUUAUUCCUUUCCCCUUUGGUAACCAUACUUUUUUUUUCCAUGUCUGUGAGUCUCUGCUGUUUUCAUUUUGACAUCAUUUCCUUCAUAUUUUCUGGGCUGCCAGAGAGGCUUCAUGGGUCUCAUUUUUAACUAUCGUGCAGCAUCAAUAAAUCUCUUUUUAACCUUGGCCCUCUCGUAUGUACUUUGAACUUGUACUUUAUCCGCUGUUAUAAAUGCCACUGCGGUCACCAUUGUUGUGACCUUUGCUGGCUUCCCUCACUGGUACUUCCCAGAGUACCCGGGAAGGCUACAUCGUCAUGUACCACCACUGUAGCUUUAGUGGCUUUUGUUUGUUUUAUUUUGUUUUAAAGUUUCUUACUACCAAUGCAUGUUCAUUGUAGAAAAAUUAUGAAGUCCAGCUUUGCUGUAAGGGAAAAAAUCACCCGUAAUCACUUUUCCCCAGAGAGCAUCACUCUGGGUACACAUUCCUCUGGCUCUUUCUCUAUGCAUGUGCACUGGGUAUGUUAGAUACCUUUUCUCUAUCCAGAUGGUAUCUUUGUAUCUUCUGGCCUGCUUUUCUCACCUGAUAAUAUGAGCACAUUUCUGUAUUUUUACUAUGCUUAAUAAUUGCAAAUAAGCCAUUGUAAGGACAUACCAUAAUUAAUUUAACUAGUCCCCAGCUGAUGGAGACUUGAGUUGUCUCUAGUGUUUGUCUGUUAUAAAUAACAGAGCAAUGAACAUCUCAGUGUAUCAUCCCUAAUAGCUUUUUGGGGUCACUUUAAAAAAGAGAGCCAUACUCAAUAUCUUGUAAUAACCUAUAAUGGAAAGGAAUCUGAAAAAUCUAUAUAUAGUAUGUAUUUAUAUAUUACCGAAUCACUUUGUGGUACACUUGAAACUAACACAACAUUGUAGAUUAUAUUUCAAUUUAAAAAAUGAUAUAAAAAAAAACAGUCUGCCUUAAGAAAAAGAAAGGAUGGUAAAAAUGACUAAACUUAUUAAAGAAACUUGCAUUUUUAAAAAAAAAGAGAAAUCCACAUUGACAGCUUUAGGCUAAGAACCCCCCGCCCCCAAAAACGCAUCUUUGACAACUUAACUUCUUUGUCUUUAUUAAUGUUCUUUCGUUCCUAUGUAUGUAUGUUUAUGCAUACAUACAUACGUACAUACAUCUCAAAGACCUUGGUUCUAAGUUCCUAUCAUCUCUGACUGGGAGCGAUGUCCCGGCCACUUAAGUAGAUUAACUUUGCUUAAUCUGUGAGUAAGGAUGAGGUUUUCAGCUCCACCCAGAUAACUGUUUCUUUAUGCAAGCAACAGCAGUUGACAUCACACCAGCUGGCUUUCCACCUUGGCCUUGGUAGUUAAGGAUCUUAACCACCAUCUAAGUAAUAAAUAAAUGCCCACUAUUGCUCAUCCUGGAGAAUGUUACAUAGAGUUGCUACCAAGGUGAGAAGCCGCACGUGGAGAACAAAAAGAAGGUAGAAAUUUGCAGCACAAGCCCUGGAUGCAAACUUUGGGCUUCAUAUUGGAUAUACCCCCUUUUGCUUAGUCCACGCUUGCCAUGUUGAGGAGUGAACCCUGUCUCCUUUCUCUAGGUUUCUCGUUGCACUUCAGUUCCAGAUGCUCUAGAGCAGAACUCGGAAACUAUGGCCUGCCAGCCAAGUCUGGCCCGCUGCUUGUUUUAUUGGUACCCAGCCACACCCCUUUGGGUAUGUGCUCUGUACGGUUGCUUUGGCUGCUUUCCUGCUACGGUGGUAGAGUCGCGACAGAGACUGGCCCACGCAGCUGAAAGUACUGGCAGUCUGGCCCAUUUACAGAACAAAUUCGCCAACCCCUGAGUGAAGGGAUGAUGGAGAGUCUCAAGGUGCCCCUUCCUCCCAAAGCCACUCAGG